UGUGGAAAAAGUGCUGAGGAGGCUUUUCCCUAGUGUUCCCUGUGGCCAAGAAAAGAGCGCACCCGUGACACCGGCUUCCGACAAAGCAGCCGGAAGAGUGACCGCUGAGGAGGUCCCCACGCUGACAGAUGAGGACGCCAAGGACCCCCCUCGAAGGCGGUUCUACACGGCGAGUUUGCCUCCUGAGGGGUACGUCCCCGCUCCGCCAGAGCCACAGGGCAGCCCGGCCUCCGAGGACACCUCAGGAAGCGAUGAUGCGGGAGGAGGGCACCAGCUCUCAGAUGAGGAUCUUCAUGAUCAACCAAAGAGAAGAAGAGCAAGAAAGCAUAAAUCCAAGAAAAGUUUUAAAAAUCCCAAUAAUGAUCAUGCAGAACAAGCAGAAAUAAAGAAACAGCAGAGUCUUUCACAAGAAAAAUUGCAGCCACGGCCCACAGAUGGCCCCACAAUCAGUAAAAAUAAAAAGAGGAAACUGAAGAAGAAGCAGCAGAUGAAGAGGAAGAAAGCUGCCGGCUUACUGACCACAGCCUCUGGCCGCAACUUCAUGUACCAGCCUGAGGAGGGCGACAGCGAGCAAGAAGCCCUGAGAGAGAGUGACGGGGAGGAUGCGGAGGAUCACGGGGAGGAUGCUGCAAACGCCCUCAGGGAGGACAGUGCAGAGGAGGACAGUGCAGACGCCCGCGGGGAGGACGGUGCAGACACCAAUGAGGAAGACAUUAAAAGUACCAAUGAAAAGGCAGAUGAUAUCCUAAGGUUUCUAAAGUCAACACAAGAAAUUUACUUUUAUGAUGGUGCCUCCAAGGAUGAUGCAGACUCUGCUGUGUCCGUGGAAGCCAGUCAGGAGCUGUUCCAGCAUCUCGAGGCUCACAGCAUGUCCCCCUCCGAUGUGCGCCUUGUGCAUCACAUGAAAACGCUGUUACUCGUGCGAGACACCGAGAGCCUGCAGCACGCCCUGGAGAGGCUCCCAGCAUGUUGCGCAAUGUCGCCCGACCACGCCAGAGUGCUCUCAGCUUUCUUUAACUACUGGGUCACACACAUCCUUCCGGAGAAACACAGUGAACAAAUCGGUGCAUCUAAGAAGAGCCAACAUUUAGCAAGAAAAUAUAAAAAGGCAAACAUGUGAUCGGCAGAGACGUGAUUUGUACAAAGAAGACAGAAUUGCUAAAUUUUCUUUGUAACCUGAAUCCCAGGAACUUUGAAAAUAUCUCUGCCGUGUUAUUUAUUUGUGUGUUGUACACAAUGGGCAACAUGCAGUCUGAGACUUUGCGGAACUGGGAUAAAAUGGAACAUUUUCAAUUAUCAGAAAUUGCUUAUGUCUCAGAUUACUACACAGUGAUCCUGUUUUUCUGAUUCUUGUAAAAAUUGAAAAUGGACAUUCUGUUAAAUUUAAUAAACUGUAUAGUUUGAAGUUGUUAUAUAUUUUUGUAAAGUAAUAUAACCUUGUAUUUGAAAGUCUCUGUUUUAAGAACACUUUAUGGGCAUUAAAUGUUCUGGUUUAGGUCAUU